GAAAACGCAACCCUUCCCACUCCGUAGGAAUCACAGGGAGUGACUGUGUCAGAAGGAAGGGGACAGAAAGUCUAAGAGUAGACGAAACCCUGACUGGAACUUCAUCACAUGUCCUCUAGGACCGGACCGGACCUUUUUUCUGGACACUCAAUCGACAACCUGCGGGUCAAAAGUGUGUGAGAGACUGCUGGAGCAUGCGGUUCAGUUAUCUGUUCAGGCUCUGCGUGCUGUGGGGCUUUGUGGUGGUCACGACCUCGGUGACCAAAAAGGCUGCCAAGAGGAAGGUGGCAAGUCGGAGGUCCAGGCAGAUUUAUGAGGCGGAGCCUGUUGAUGGGGUGUGGUCUGUCUGGGGGGAGUGGUCAGAAUGCUCUCAAACCUGUGGAGUGGGUGUGUCUCAGAGGAGCAGGAAGUGUUUACCCCCUCCUCCACCUCCUCAGACCCCUCCUCACUCAUUCGCUCCACCAAACUGGGCGGAUUAUUUUCCUGGGAGCGUCGGAGGACCUGCUAUAUCACUUGGGAGCCCUUACUAUCCCCCUCGUUACCCUGGGCAACGCCCAUCUUAUCACCCUCCAUCAGUCUCUAGGAGUCAUAAUCCUGGACUGCCUUUAUAUAGAAACACACCCACUAGUGGGGAAGGGCCUUCUGUUCUGGAGCAAGGCAAUCGGUCACCACCUUUUUAUAAUUCUGAAGUGUCCCCCGCCAGUCAAGAAACUGCUUACCGCCCCCCCUAUCACAUGACCUCACAGGGUUACAACCAGCCUGCACCGGUCUUCAGGAGGCCAACCAAUCCAGGAACAGCGAGAGCCGGAGGAAGCGGAAACAGGCGCUCUAUCCCCGCCAGUCGGGACGGUUUGCCUUCAAGGAGGGCUUCCACCAUCCGUCCGGGUCAGUUUGGGUAUGGAAAGGUUCCCUUCUCUCUUCCUUUGCAUCGAACCCACCGCCAAGCUCGGCACACUGUUAAUAGCACCGACGAAGCCCCCAGGCCGAUUGUUUCUGAAGGUGACAACCAGAAAGAGGAGGACACAGAGAGGGAAGAGGUAGUUAGAGAGGAAGAGAGAACAGAGAAUGGAGAGCAGAAGAUCAGCGUAGUGCCUGCUGCUGAGGAGGAACCCGUUCCCACAGAGAGUAUACGCCAACAUGUGGGCAGGACGUCACACUCUGAGCACAGCAGGAGCAGAGUCUUACCCAAAAACUCCUUCUCACGUUCCUCUACCCCAUCUGUCUUCGUUAACCGCCAACGUUUUGACUGGAACUCCGUCACUGCUCCUCCUCCUCCUCAAUCUCAGCCACGCUCUCCGGGUAGCUCUCCUCUUUUUGCCUCUCCUCUCCACCGUCCCAACUCAGUGCACAUCGAGAGGAAACCCCACCCAGGCUUUGGGCCCCAGGCCCCACCUGCAGGCAGCGUCUACCCCUUACAGCACCAACACAUGUCUUCUCAACUGGGAUUGGAGGCCAGCAGCCAAGGAGCAGGUGAAGCUUCACGGCUGCCUAGGUGCUCGGGGCCGGAGAAGCAGUACCGCAGGUGCUUUUCACAGGUGUGCGGAGGAGGUGCGUUGGACUCCAGAGCAGAGCAGUGCACGGCCUUUAACACCCAGGAGUUCAUGGGUCGCCUCUACAACUGGGAGCCUUUCACUGAAGUUGGUGUCGACAAGCAGUGCGAGCUGACCUGCAGACCCGUCGGCUACCGGUUCUACGUCCGGCAGGCGGAGCGCGUCAGAGACGGGACGCCCUGCUUCAACACCAGUGCCAAUGAUGUCUGUGUAGAGGGACAGUGUCUGACUGAGGGUUGCGACGGCGUGCUGGGCUCCAGCGCCAUGGUUGACAAGUGUGGAGUAUGCGGCGGACGGGACAGCUCCUGCCAAAAGGUGACUGGAAGCUUCCAAAAUGUCACCGUUCCCCUUGGCUACCACAAAAUCCUGGACAUCCCACCAGGAGCCACAUUUAUCAACAUCACGGAGAGACGAGCAAGUCCCAACUACCUGGCGAUGAGGAGCGGCACUGGGGCAUCUGUGGUGAAUGGGCGCUGGGCCGUGGACCCUCCAGGAGAAUACCAGGCAGGGGGGACUACUUUCACCUACACCCGACCCAGAGCACAAGCGGAGGGGGAGGAAGUGAAAGGAGAGUCCCUGAGGGCGCCAGGACCCACCACAACACAGCUGCAGCUUUAUAUCAUUUUCCACAAGGAGAACCCGGGCAUCGACUAUGAGUUUUACAUCCCGGUGGAGGACAAAGAUGGAGAGAAGGAGAGGCUGGUGGAGAGCGAGAGGCCCAGAGAGUCACCCAGGGAGAGACAGAGGCAGCGGGAGCCAGCGAGGGCUCCCCUUCGCAGUCCCCUCACAGUGUCAGUAGAAGAUCCUCCUUCUGUUUCAGACCCUUCUCUCCCCUCCUUCUCCUCAUCCUCAACCUCGUCGGCUGCCUUCCACCCCCCAUCCUUUGAUCGUUGGCCACUUGACAGGACACGACCCCGAGUAUCCGCGCCCAAUAGAAACGCUCGGAUCCCCCCUCGCACUGACCUGCCACCAGACACCCAGCUCCCGUUUGUGUGGAGGAGAGGUGGCCUCACCCAGUGCUCUGUGACUUGUGGCAGAGGUUCUCAGCAAAGAGUGGUUUUAUGUGUGAACCGACACACAGAGGAAGAGGUACCAGAGGGGAACUGUGACUCCGCUGCCAAACCUGCUGCAGAGGAGGAGUCUUGUAAUACACAACCCUGCCCACCUUUCUGGGAGGCCAGUGCAUGGUCGGAGUGCAGCGUGUCCUGUGGGCCGGGUGUGCAGCAGAGGCAGCUACAGUGCAGGCAGAGCUUUGGGUCUCGCUCCACUAUGGUCCACCCUCAGCGCUGUGCCCACCUCACCCCACCAGACUCAACGCAGGUCUGCCAGCUCCGCCUCUGCUCCCACUGGGAGGUCAGCACCAACUGGAGCACGUGCUCAGUCGACUGUGGAGUGGGGAGAAGGACACGGGGUGUGCGCUGCGUCAGCGAUCAGGGCAGCGUUGUGAACGAUAACGAGUGCAACUCUCGGCUCCGGCCAGAUGGAAGUGAGGAGUGCAACAUGGGCCCCUGCGUGACCAACUGGUACUUCACCGAGUGGCCCAACACUUGUUCAGCGCAGUGCGGCCCUGGGGUGCAGAGGAGAGAAGUCGUCUGUCUCACCCGAGGAGGGGUGACAGAGGGAGGAGGCGGAGGAGAUUGUGUUGCUGAAAAACCGUCAGAGAUGAAAGCCUGCAACAGGGGCCUUUGUGUGCCAGUGACAAUGUGGUACAGCAGCCCCUGGACAGAGUGUAAUGUCCAAUGUGGGGAUGGAAGCCAGCGACGAGAAAUCAUUUGUGUUCAGAAGUUGGGCAGUAACUUUACUGUCGUGCCAUCUACUGAGUGUGCACAUCUGGAGAAGCCUGCAGUUGUCCAGGAGUGCAGCAUGGGAGAGUGUCGGCCACAGUGGUUCACAACAGAAUGGAGCGCGUGUUCGCGUUCGUGUGGAAAGGGCUUACAGGUGAGAGAGAUCCGAUGUCUAACGCCAGACAAAAAGCACAGCCUAGCGUGCGAUCCCAGCACCAAACCUGGACACGAACAGAUCUGCAACACCAUACCCUGUGGCCCACAGGUUACAGAUAAAAACUGUCGGGAUAGGCGUGAUAAUUGCCUGAUGGUGGUGCAGGCCAGAAUGUGCGUCUACUCCUACUACAAGAUGGCCUGCUGCGCCUCCUGCACACAGAGCGCCCUGCGUGCCAAGAGGCACUGAGCAGCAGGGUCACAGGAAGGGGGGAAAGGUCAAAACGACCAAUCAACCCUGAAGUAUUAGUCUGCAGAAAUGGACAGCCCAGAGUUGAUGUGGCAUUCAGAUAACAUUUAGCUAUUUUCUCCUGACUUUUUCAGGUAAAACACUGUGAAAACAGAUGAUUCCUUCUACUAGUACUCAGUCAUAUCUGACAAACUGUAUCCACCAUCCACUGAGCUAUCUUGAGUUUUAUGUGCAGUAACUGAUACAUCAGUGGUGCUUGCUGUAAUUUCAUUUCUGUGGCCGUUGGGCUGUAGUGGAACGGUCUUACUGUGGACAUAGAUGCUUCAAGAGCUAAUUUUGCCUUUUUUAAAUUCUUCCUCAUUCAUGAGACAGUAGAUGAAAAAAGAUAUUAUCAUAUUUACUGUUCAAAAUAUUCUAAAUGCAGAAGAUCUACUAUAAUAGAUCCCCACACUGUCCUACCCCACAGAGCUACAAGACUGCUUCGUGUGAAGCUAGAAGGAUUUUUCUUGACAUGUUGUACCUGUGUUAUCCCGUUUGCCAAAAAAGUACUUCCUCGGUGUCCUCUUAUUCAGUACUUGGACAGUUUGAACCAAAGGGUGGGGUAAACAUGGCAGUAAGUGACCAAAUAUAAGGGGAUGGGAAGAAGGAUGGGAGUCUUUCUAAAUAGGAAAGAUAAUUCAUACAAAUAUUAUGACAGAACCAGUCUGUUUUCUUUCCCUUUACAGUGACACUUUGUUUUACCUGCUUAAUAUCUGAGUUCUUCCUCUAAAGAUGUCUAAAAAGAUGGAAAAAUAUUUAAUCACAAUAAUUUUACAUACACUGAGAUCCAAAAAGAGCCUUUCCCCUCAACAUAUUUGUUUAAAUUGUUAGUUUUUCCUGUGUCCGGGACUUUCAAAAGCAGCCACUGGCGCCACCUAUAUAUGAGGACUGAGAGUUACAGUUCAGUCAGUCAGUCAUUUUCUACCUCUUCUUCCAUAGUGGGUCGUGGGGGAGCUGGUGCCUAUCUCCAGCAGUCUAUGGGCGAGAGGCGGGGUACACCCUGGAUAGGUCACCAGAGUUACAGUUCAUUCAUUCUUUUUUAUUUUUAGAUCUGUCAAGAACUUAAAUUGUUCUUAUCAAGUCUGGUGAAAAGACUCAACUAACACUGACUUAUUCCAUUUUUUUUUUUCAUUCUAUAUUUCCUACCAUGAAUCUAGUGCUCAGCUACAUUAGCUUCAGGACUUCUUGUUCUUACUGAUGAUAUCAGUCUUUUAAAAAUUCAAUGCGCUAAAAAGAUGAAGUAAUUUCUUUAAACAUCUGGGCAGGGUGUGUCCUUUAACAAGAAAGACUCCAUACAGACUGAUUUCUGUGUUUUAGUUGUUUUUAUUUUCUUUAAAUAAAGUAAGAUCAGCUUUAGAUUGUGCACAACACUUUCUGACAGCAUAAAAUAAUCACGUUUUAGAUUUAUGUACUACACAGGGCCAUGCAAACAACUUCAUACCCUCUGUACUCAUUUUUUGCAUUACAACCAGAAAUGUUAAUGUAUUUUAUUGGGAUUUUAUGUGCUAGACCAAGUAGGACAUAAUUGAGAAAUAGAACUUCUGAUCAGCUUCCAUAUUUUUGCUGAAGAAAUGUACGACCACAGCUUGAUCGUUCCACCACCAUGUUUCACAGUGAGGGUGAGCUGUUUAGAAGAGGUGCAAUGUUGGUUUUCCUCCAUACUGUCUUUUGUAUGGAGGCUAAAAAGUUCAGUUUUGGUCUCAACUGACCAUAACACCGUCUUUCACACGUUUGUUCUUUCCCCUACAUGGAUGACUAAUAUUUGUCCCGUCAACAGAUUCUCCCAUCUGAGCUGUGGAUUGCUGCAGCUCCUCCAGGGUUACCAUGGGCCUCUUAGCAGAUUCUCUUAUUUACAUCUGAUUACACCCACUGCUGCUUAUCUUUGCAAACAGUGUCCAUCAGCAGAAGCACAUGUGUGCACACCGUCAGCUGGUCAUCCACAGCUUCAUUUUUGCAGCUUUCUACACACUGCGUGAGUGGCGCUCACCAAACAAAAAACAGUUACAAAAUAGAGUUUAAUAGCAUGUUUAUUUUUACAGGCAUAUCCACCACUGAAUAUAAACACAGCGGGGAUAUUUAUUGCAAAAAGAAAAUAAUACAAUUUGUUCUAAUAACUUGUAGGUAAAGUUGUUCAUUAGGGAUACAUGUCCUCUAUAAAUUCAUCUCCUACAGUCAGUUGUUGCAUACAGGCAGAUUUGACCUGCAGUGACAGUAAAUGCUGAGUGCUUCAGGCGAAGGUAUAAAAGUCAAGGGACGUUCCUCACAUCUGAAUUCUCUUGUGAUCUCUUAGUUAAGGUGGACGGCCAUGUCUUGGUAGGUUUGCAGGUGUCCCACACUUUUCAGAUGUUUUUGUAAAUAACUGUGAAAGCUAUGUAUCAUUUUCCUUAGACGUCACAAUUAUGUACCACUAUAUGAUGGUCUAUUCAAUUCAAUUCAAUUCAGUUUUAUUUAUAUAGCGCCAAUUCACAACACAUGUUGUCUCAAGGCACUUCACAACAGUCAGGUACAUACACUCCAAUUAAUCCUAACCAUUGAACAGUGCAG